CCUCUGAUCCACCAAUGACUGAUGGUGUUCCUACUCCCAUUGAUAAGGAAGUGAUACUUUAAAAUUGAAUUCAAUCAACUAGUAACAUUGAAUAAUUAGAAAGAAAAAAUUCAUAAACAU